AGUAAGAAAUAUAUAUAAACAAGAGUGUUAUGUUAGCGAGGUUCACUCACACACGGUUGUUUUUCAGGGUUGUUCAAGGUUGUCCCAGAGCAGAUGCCGUACAGUUCAGUCAAGGAAAUGCUGACCCUGAGGCCUGUAGGCCUGGAAUCUUCUCUACCGUUCACCUUCACCAGCCGCUCCAAAAUGACCUUCGGCGGUCUCACCCUGGGGGCUGGGAAAGCUCUGACUGUGCUCUCCAUCGAGCGGCAUGAGGGUGAAGAGGACCAAGUGCGCUGCCUAGUCAAAGGACAAGCAGAUGCCUCAGCUGAAGUGCAAAUUCCCAUGUCCUCUCAAGGGCAGUUUUACGAGUGUGAAAAUGAAGAGUGCUAUACUCUGAAGGAGAUCAUGUCGUCACCCUUCCUUCGCAGUCGAAGGUUUCGUUUGAUCAAGAACACCAACUGUGAGCGGAUCCUCGUUCUCAGCCCAGUUUACCAAAUCCAGGCCAUCAUGAACUUCUUUGGUUCAUGUAGCGCAUUCAUUUUGUUAUCUUUUUUUUUCUGUGCAGUGAGGAAGAAUGUGCUGAAGUUCCCGUCCAGCUUAGAAGUGGAUGUGGUUGACGUCACCGAUCUGUGCAAAAACGCGGAUUUCGUGACGCCGCUCAGUUUGACAGAAGUGCUGUCUCAGCCUGACGAAUUCUUACCUGCCGUAGUGGAGAUAUUAGAUCAGCCAGAGAACCGCUCCUUGUUCAAAAGCAGCUGGCUGCAGGGACUUACCAAGAGCUCACAUUUGGUUUUUCACAAGAAAAGAAACACCACCAUGGUUGUGUUAUCGAGCCUGAAGGGCCGGAAGGCUCAGCAGUACUUCCUGGUAUCCCAACAGUACGGCGGGCGCUUUCGGAGACGGCCGAGAGAAUUUAAYUCGGUGUAUGAGUUGUAUGUUGCUUCAACCCAGACGCAGGGUCUGACGGUCAGCGUGACAAAGAACUGCGAUGAAGUAGAGGAGGAAGGCCUGCCUGCCCUCAGCGUCGGAGAGAAACUGGAGAUUGUGGACUGCACCCGAAUGGAGCUGCCGGGCGAAAGCAGCAAAGGCAAGACGCAAUCCGUUGAGGCUCUUUUGUGCCAUCGUCUUCAGGAGCCAGAAGAUCCAGAUGACGAUGACAGCGAGGAAGAGGUCAAAGAGGAAGACGAGAAAGAGGUGGUUUUGAUGCCCCUCUACAUGCAGGGUCACUUUGUAGAAGUACUGAGGGAUAACAAAAAGCAUAAACUCUGUGACCUGAGUAAGGAGUUUAGUUUGCCACUGGAUGUGAAAGUGGUGAGCCGUGAUACGGAAUCCGAAACUGAUCCACUGGUUGGGAUGUCUUGUCUACGAAUAGAGGGGGUACUGUUGGAGCCCACUAUUCAGGCAAGCUUUCCACACAAGCCUGACCACUGUUUUGAGCUCCCAGCCAACUGGCUCUGUAUGACUGUCUGCCACACCAAAGAGCCCCUGCCAUGGCCUGAAGGUCAGCGCCCCAAGUGUUUCACAGAAAGGGUCACCGAAGUGUCGGACACAUUCUUUUAUGAAUUUCGGAAACAGGGUAACACCGAUGAGGCUCCUCCACCUCGACCGCCAAAACGAGCUGUGUUGUCAUCCAAAACAUCGUCAAAACCCUCAAAGAAAUCAACUAAAGUCAAAAAGUCCAAACAGCAAGCAGCCAAAGAUGUCCCAACUGAACAGUUCAGUGCUUUAACUUUAAACAAGAAGCGAGCACCAGCUCCACCACCACCUGAAGAUAGCUUAAAGGAUGAACCUCCUCCUCUUGUACCACGAAAACCCUCUGAAGUAACAGGCAAGGCGAAGCCUAACACUUACGUGAAAAUACAGGAGUCAAAGAAAAAAGGUACAAAACUUUAUUUUACUUGAAAUAAUGUCACGUUUCAAAAUGAGGACAGCAUUUUGUUUGGCAAAAAAAAAAAUCUGAUGUAUAUUGGGACUAUAUCCAACCACAGAUUGUUGCAAAUUUUGAACAUUUAUGGCACCAGAACAAUUUAGGAUCAACUGACAAGAUGUGGUGCUAAGUUUGCUACACAAAGAGAAACAAAAUGAUCGUCAGAAGGUAUUUUUUAGGUCAAAAUUAAUUAUUUUUUCUUGCAUCUUUUGACAAAAGAGUAGGGGGUUGGAUUCUGGAAAAAAAAAUUCAGUACAAUGUUUUGAAUUUGUCGAGUAAAUAAAGCAUACCCAGACUAUAAAAGUCACAAUGUAAAUAUAGACCGAAUAAAACAUUUACUUUCUUUCUGCAGGGCCCCUGUGUGAYGUGACUGCAGAUGUGGACAGUGACCAUGACUACGAAAUUGUGAACGACUCUUUGGUAUCUAUGAAGUCAGCGCAGGAGAGUGUUGCAUUUUACUAAAAAAACAAACAAACAAAAAUCCAAACUGGCCRUCUUUAGUUGCUGUCAAGUAUGACACGAGCAGUGAGAACCGAACUUAAUAUAUAUUUAGUACAGCAUGAGCGCAAAUCAUAAGCCCCUUUACGGAUCUGCCAUCAUCUAUUUUUAUUUUUUUGUUGAAACUUGUAACUGUUUAGUAACUACUGAGAGAUUUUCUUUGAAUACAUUUAAUUUUUAUUUUUGCAUCUAAAAGGUACUCAAGAUAUUAGUAGCUGUUCCACUCAAACUUUGUCCAAAUACUGCACUUCUGUUGAAUGUUUUGAUGAAACUUUAGAGGGCUAAAGCUUCUGKUUUGUAUUUAUAUGGUGCAAUACUAAGAAAUUCAUGCAGGUCCUCAAAAAAUUAGCAUAUUGUGAUCAAGUCCAUUAUCUUCUGUAAUGUACU